AUGAAAAGGAUUAAAGGUGUCAGACCAAAUCAAAUUCCUGAAGAUAUUUUAAACAACCCAGAGCUGGCUAGAUGGAUGGAAUUGGUCCCCAAAAACUAUAACUUUGAAAUACACAAAACUCUGUGGAGGAUCAGGGAACUAAAUGCCAAGAGAGUCGGACUCCAAUUUCCUGAAGGUUUGCAAAUGUACGGCUGCCUUCUUUCAGAUAUUUUAUUAGCCAUAGGCGGCUUAGAAGAUGUGAUUAUUCUAGCUGACGUAGUCUAUGGCGCAUGCUGCAUUGAAGAUCUCACAGCUAAUGAGCUGCAUUUAGACUUGCUCGUUCACUAUGGGCAUUCGUGCUUAAUCCCAAUCAAUGAAACUUGCAUGAAAACUUUAUAUGUUUUUGUUGACAUUGCAAUAAACAUUGACACAUUAGUCAAUACUUUAAUACACAAUUUCCCUGACCCAAAUGAAAAAAUUGCUCUGGUCUCCACCGUACAAUUUGUGGAAAGUGUCACAAUCGCUAAAAAAAUGCUCGAUGAAAGAGGCUAUACAAAUUUUAUUAUUCCUCAGGCCAAACCAAGGACAACAGGGGAGCUUCUUGGAUGUACAUCUCCUGCAAUUCCUGAGCAAAUUAUUAUAUCAGUAAGUGAUGGGAGAUUUCAUUUGGAAGCUGCGAUGAUCCAAAACCCAGGCUCAAGGUUCUUUAGAUACGAUCCUUAUCAGAACAAGAUAUAUGCAGAGUAUUACGAUCUUAAUGAAAUGAAGGUGAGAAGGAAUGCUUCUAUUGAAGCUACAAGGAAUGCGAAACAUAUUGGGUUAGUUUUAGGGACACUGGGAAGACAAGGGAGCAUUCAUAUUUUAAGCCAGCUGGAAAAACUGCUGCAGGGGAUUGGGAGGAAAUACACAGUGUUUUUGAUGUCAGAUGUUAGCCAGAGCUCUAUUAACAAAUACCCAGAAGUGGACGCAUGGGUUGAAAUAGCAUGUCCGAGGCUUGCAAUCGACUGGGGUGCUGAAUUCACAAAGCCAAUGCUAAACCCUUAUGAAUGUUUUGUUGCGUUCAAAAAUCUGCCGCUGGACUAUCCUAUGGACAAUUAUAUGUAUAACGGAGGAGAAUGGAGUGUCUAUACAUCAAAAGAAAUUGAGACAAAGUCAUAA